AUGGCUCGAUCUAAUCCUACAGAGGACGACAAGUCUCGUCGAGGAUCGCACGAUGAUCAAACGAAAAGCAUCAGUGGACCAAGCGCAAGGCUUCCAGCGGUCAAAGGCACGCUCGGUGGUAUAGAGAGUCCAAGACACAGACAUCGACACACUCCAUCCAUGUCAACGGUCGCGGGUGAUGAACAUCUUCCACAUCCUUCUGGAUCAUCUACGCCCAUCCCAUCCAACUCUAAAGCCUCGCCUCUUUACCCUGAGAUAAGCCAGAUGAGCCAGUGGGCUGGCUCAUCGCUUUACGCCGCAUCGACCACUCGAAGCUCUCGUCAAGCGACAAUGUUUCGCUCCGACCCGACGCUGAAGACGACUUUCGAUACCGUCCCACUCGAGAAGAAGGACGAAAUCAAGCGAUUGUUCUUGGCGUAG